CGGGACCGAUGUAGUUCAUGCUGUCCGGCUUCCCCGGUAACCAGCGCGUUCUUUUGGAUUUGUCCAGUACAAGUAGCCGCAACUUCUCUGUUCCAGUCGCGAAUGACGUGCACCUGUGACACGGCCUUGAAGAAGUAGGCGGCCUCGUCGACAUUGAACACAUUGUUAAUCUUCGCCCGUAUUCUUGCUGCCCUCCUUCAUUGCUACUAACACGUCCACUGCGUGGAUGUCUCUGUGGACCCGGCACACGCGGUAGCCGUGCCAAGCGAAAACCAACUGCCUCUGGUAAGUCGUGGCAGCUUAGAAGUUGGUAUGCCGAGUUCCGCAGCGGAAAUUCUAGCAGACGGAACAGUGAUUAAGAGCUGACUGACCUUUGAGCAAAGAUAUAGUCUCCAAAAUGCUGCGCUCGAGCAGCCUCAUGACAGAUGAGCGCAUGCGCCGAACGUCGGGUAGUCAACGGCGAUGUUGCGCAGCUUCUUCUCUUCCUGGAAAAAUGUGCUUGCGGCGCUCUUACCGGGUAUCA